GCAUGCUUUGCAGAUGUUAAGGGGAAAACCUGCUGAUGGAUAUAGACAGCUGCCUGUAUAUAUACAUAUUCUAAAAACCGUAUAUCCAAAUUCGUACAUAAGUAUGCACAAGUCAUCAACUGAUGAAUUCAUGUAUUUGUUCAUAGCGUUAAGGCCCUUGAUGAGGGGGUUUCAGUUUUGUCGACCAGUAGUUGUUGUUGACGGUGCACAUCUUGAUGGACCUUAUAAAGGGACGUUUGUAUCAGCUAGCACACUUGAUGGGGCAGGUUGCAUAUUGCCGUUGGCGUAUGGUAUUGUUGAUACGGAAAAUGAUUCAUCAUGGACGUGGUUUUUUCAGAAUUUCAAGAAUGCAUUUGGAGAGAGGGACAAUAUGUGUGUUGUAUCAGAUAGGAACGAAAGCAUAAUCAAGAGUGUAAGCAUGGUAUUUCCCAAUGUUCCUCAUUUUGCAUGCAUAUGGCAUAUAUGAAAAAAUGUGUGUACUAAAUACAGAAGGAGCAAAGCUGUACUAAGUGACAUCUUCUAUUCAAUGGCCAAGGCAUACCGAAAAGAUGAAGUCGAUAAAUUAAUGGCCAAAGUUGAAAGAAUCGAUCAACGGGUGGCACAAUAUUUAAAAAAUGCAGGAUACGAAAAGUGGUCAAGGGUUCAUGCCACUGUCAACAGGGGUAGAAUGAUGACUUCUAACAUCGCAGAAUGUAUCAAUGGAUGUCUUGUUGAAGCACGAGAGCUGCCUAUAAUUGACUUUUUGGAGCAAACGAGAAUGUUAUUUGGUUCUUGGAACUGCAAAAAUAGAGAAAUAGCAUCUUAUACAAAACAUACUUUGGGUAGAAAAUUCGAAGAUAUCCUAGUUUCAAACACGAUCAAGUGUUCGAGAAUGAAGGUACACGAUACAUAC